AUGGUGUACAUCAGCUCGGGCAAAGCGCUCAUGCUCUCCGCGCUGGCAGCCAUCUCAUUUGCCGCCGAGCCGAGGAGAUUGCGCCUGAAUGAAACCACCAAAUUACCUCCACGUGGCAAGCCUUUCACCGAAGAAUUCAAUCAAUAUGUAAAGGACCUCAUGGACGAGUGGAAGGUGCCAGGCAUGUCCGUGGCAGUCAUUGACGACGACCAGGUGUAUACAGAGGGAUAUGGAUUCGCUGUCCUGCCAGACACACCCGUCAAGCCCGAGACCCUGUUCCUCGGCGGAUCAACUACAAAGGCGCACCUGGCUGCUACUAUCGCGCAAAUGAUCGCUUCGGGCGAUUACGAUGAUGUCUUCCCUCAAGGCUGGGAUACACCCAUGUCAUCCAAUAUCAGAGAUGAUUUUGUUCUAGAGGAUGAGUGGGCGACGACACACGUCACCAUGGAAGAUGCCGUCAGCCACCGAACCGGCAUGGCACGACACACGAUAAGCUGGGUUGGCACCGGUGAGCCAGGCGAUACUGGUAAAGAGUGGAAAACAAACAAGGCGACGGUCAGAAAUCUACGAAACCUGCCAAUGACAGCCGAGCCGCGAAUCGUGUUUCAAUACUGCGACCUCAUGUUCAUCGCCCUCGCCCACAUCGUCGAGACUGUGACUGGCUCGUGGAUAGGCGACGUGUUAAAGAAAACCCUCUGGCAGCCUUUAGGCAUGCAUUCGACUUUCUUAUCCUACGGAGACGCGAGGAAGAGCGGCCAGCAGAUUGCAACCGGCUAUUUCUGGGACGAGUAUGCGCAGCAAUACGUCGGACAGGAAACGGACCCCGUCCAAUCUUCCAGCGCCGCCGGAGCCCUCAUCUCCAACGUCGUCGACUACAGCAAGUGGAUAAUGUGUCUGAUGAACUCAACAGCCCCAUUAUCGGCCGAAGCACACACGCAAAUCAGGACUCCACGUAUUCUUAUUGGUCCAUCAGAAGCGACCGGCUGGCAGCUCACCACCUACGGACUCGCCUGGGAGCGCGCCACAAUCUACGGUGAAGUCAUUUUCAAGCACGACGGUGGGACGCAGAAUUUUGGAGCCAACGUUGUCUGGAUGCCUGAUACCAAAUUCGCAGUCAUCAUGUUUGCCAAUGCCGUCGACGGCGGCAACUUGAUAGAGGAAGUCAUCACCCAGAGACUUAUUGAAGAAAAACUUGGGCUCCCAGUCCACGGCCGCCGGCAAUACCUGGACGAAACAAAGCAGAAUUGGGCGCAGGCCAGGCCGGACUUUGAUAACGCGACCGAUAUUCUUUACCCAAAUCGCACCACUGAUGCUUCGUCUCAAGCGGUCGAUAUCAAUCGCUUUGCGGGCAAUUACAGCCACCCUGGCUACGGAACAUAUGCCUUUUCCGUAGAAAACUCGUAUUUGGUGCCCGGCGAAACUCGCGACAAACAACCACAGCAGCAACUUGUCGCCCUACGAGACGAUCUUAUAACUCCCACACGUUUCGUUUUACGCCAUGUGACGGGUGACUUUUGGGUUGCCUACCAGAUACCUGUACGUGGAGCGGCAUUAGGCCGAGAUUACUUUCUUGCUAGGUUUUAUAUGGAAGCGGAUGGUAAACCGAGCGCACUCGAGAUUACCUUUGCAGAGGAAACAGCCCGUAUCUCUGAGGUGGUUAUCCAAUUUGACCGGGUUGAUAACUGA